AUGACGCAGGCGAAGCACGCGCACGCGGGGGGCGCGGCGAGUUCGGAGUGCGUGAAAGUGGUCGUGAGAUGCCGCCCGCUGAACGACAAGGAGGUCUCUGACGGGCGCACGCGCAUCGUGGACAUGGACACGAAGAUGGGGCAGGUGUCGAUCCGGAACCCGAAGGCCGAUCCGCAGGACCCCCCGAAGCAGUUCACGUUCGACUACAUUUACGACUGGACGUCGCAGCAGCUGGACAUUUACAAUGAGGUGGCGCGGCCGCUGGUGAACUCGGUGCUCGACGGCUACAACGGCACGAUCUUCGCGUACGGCCAGACGGGCACGGGGAAGACGCACACGAUGGAGGGCAAGGGCGCGGACGCGGCGCACCGCGGCAUCAUCCCGAAUUCGUUCGACCACGUCUUUGCCUCAAUCACUGGGAGCGAGGACCAGGAAUUCCUGGUCCGCGUGUCCAUGCUGGAGAUCUACAACGAGGAGAUCCGCGACCUGCUGUCGCGCAACCCGAAGAACAAGCUCGAGCUCAAGGAGACCGCCGAGGGCGUGCCCUACGUCAAGGACCUGUCGACGUUCGUGGUGCGGUCGGCCGAGGAGAUCCAGAAGGUGCUCGACGUGGGGCGGAAGAACCGCAGCGUGGGGGAGACGCAGAUGAACCGGGACUCGUCGCGGUCGCACUGCGUGUUCACGGUCACGGUGGAGUCGGCGAACUCGGAUGCCAAGGGCAACGAGCACGUGCGCGUGGGGAAGCUCAACCUGGUGGACCUGGCCGGGAGCGAGCGGGUGGCGAAGACGGGCGCGACGGGGGCGCGGUUCAAGGAGGGCGUGAAGAUCAACAUGUCGCUGUCGGCGCUGGGCAACGUGAUCAGCGCGCUCGUCGACAGCAAGGUCGCGCACAUCCCGUACCGCGACUCGAAGCUCACGCGGCUGCUGCAGGACAGCCUCGGCGGGAACACGAAGACGGUGAUGAUCGCGAACAUCGGCCCCGCGGACUGGAACUUCGACGAGACGAUGUCGACCCUGCGCUACGCCAACCGCGCCAAGAACAUCCAGAACAAGCCGCGCAUCAACGAGGACCCGAAGGACGCGAUGAUCCGCGAGUACCAGGACGAGAUGAAGCGUCUGCAGAAGGAGAUCGAGGACAUGGGCGAGGGCGGCGAGGACGCCGGGCCGACGGUGCAGGAGAUCGAGGAGCGCGUCGAGAAGGAGAUGACGGACGCGGAGAAGGAGCGCCUGCGCCAGGAGGUCGUCGCGCAGCUCACCAAGGACCUCAGCAAGCAGGGGAGCAUCCACCUCGCGCCGGACCAGGUCGCGGAGAUCGAGAGGGAGGCCGAGGCGGCGGCCGAGCGCGAGAAGCAGCGCAUCCGCGCGGAGCGGGAGCGCGGGCUGCGGGAGGCCGCGGAGCGCAAGAAGCAGAUCGAGGCCGCGAAGGAAAAGGCGAUGGCGGCGCAGAGCGAGGCCGAGCAGGUGUCGGCUGCGAAGGCGGCGAUGAAGAAGAAGCUCGACAUGAUGCGGUCGAAGCUGUUGCAUGGGGGCAAGGACGAGCUGGCGCGGGAGGCGCGGGCGCGGCAGGCGGACGUGGAGAAGAAGCGGCGGGAGCUCGAGGAGCACCGGCAGCAGGAGCGGGAGCGCGCGCGGCGCAUUCAGGAGCUCGAGGAGCAGAAGAAGAAGAAGGAGCUCAAGGGGAAGAGUCUAGAAGAGGAGCGGACGAAGCUGCGGGCGGCGCUGGAGCUGUCGUGGAGCCAGCUGCAGAGCGCGGUGCGCGACGUCGAGGACGCCGAGGAGGAGUUCGCGCGGGAGCGGCAUUUCCUGCUGCAGCAGGUGCAGGACCUGCAGAGCGAGCUGCGGCUGCGGGAGGCGAUCAUCGACGCGUUCGUGCCGCCGGACGAGCGCGACAAGGUCACGGCGCGCGCGCAGUGGGACGCCGAGGCCGAGGACUGGGUCAUGGGCCCCGCGCACAGCAACGAGAAGGACGGCGGUCGCAUGCAGCGGCCGGUCUCCGCGUCCGCGCGCCGGCGGCCCAUGUCCGGGUACGCGCUGCAGCAGGCGGCGGCGGGCGACAUGAACCCGCGGUUCAAGGCGGACAACAUCCUCAAACUCGAGCUAGACAUGCCGGAGCGAACCACGUACACGUAUGAUGAGGCCGCGCUGGGCAACCCGGAAGUGCAACAGGCGCUGCUGAGCGCGUUCGUCGACGGGCAGGUGCUGUUCUCGUCGCCGCAGCACGGCAACGUGUACGGGUAG